AUGCCUCCCUCCCAGCUGAAGAGGCUGAAAGCCUCCCUCAGAGAGCAAGGAAUUACUGGCCCACAGCAAUCGAAGAAGCAAAAGAAGCAAAAUGCGCAGAAUGGGGUCAACAAGGAGAAGAAGGUGGGGAGGAAUGUUACCCUGACAGGAAUUCGGGAACAGUUCAACCCUUUCGACUUUACCACUAUCAAAAAGGCCAAAUUCGACGUGACGACCGAACAUUCGCACAAGCCUGUUUUAAGAAGGCCAGGCCUGCAAAAGAGCAGAGAUGAGGAAAUGCGCCGCGAAGCCUACAUCGAGGAGCAACAGAAUCGACGCAAGGUUGGAGGCAUAUUGGACAAGCGAUUUGGGGAGAAUGAUCCCAGCAUGGCGCCCGAGGAGAAGAUGCUGGAAAGAUUCACGAAGGAGAAGCAGUUCAAGUAUAAGAAUAGCUCGGCUUUCGAUUUGGAGGACGACGAGGGAGGAGAGCUCAUGCACAUGGGGAACUCGCUUUCUCUCGAUGGACCUGCGCUGCAAGACGACUACAAGGAAUUUGAUUUGGACUUAUCAGAUGCCGAAGACCACCCUUCGGAUGAGGAGCGUCAACUGAAACGAAGUCGAUCAGAUCUCGAAGGCGAGGAUGAGGGCGAGGAUGGAGAGGGUCGCCCAGAGCGAAAGAAGUCCAAGCAGGAAGUCAUGAAGGAACUUAUAGCCAAAUCCAAGCUGCACAAAUACGACAGACAGACAGCAAAAGAUGAAGACGAGGACGCGCGAGAGGAAUUGGACAAAGAGAUGUCAAACAUUCAUGAUCUUUUGCGAGGAAUUGGAAGAAAGCCUGCGCCCCCACCUGCUGCUGCAAUACCCGGCAUGAAUGCAGACCGUGCGGCUUUGCUUGCUGGCUCGGACAAGAUCAAAUUUGACAAACAGUACGAUCAACGAUUGAGACAAUUGGCACAGGAUGCCCGAGCUGCGCCCACAGAGAAGUCGAAGACGGAAGAAGAGGUCGUCAGUGAGAGAGCGAGGAUCUUACAGAAGUUGGAGGAGAAGAGGCUUCGUCGAAUGCAAGGCGACGUAGUUAGUGACGAGGAAGAUGGGAAUGAAGACAAGAAUACGAAGAAUGCUGGUCCGGAGGAUGAAGAGGCAGAGGACGACGACGAUUUUGGGUUAGGCACCGGUAUCAAAGUGCGGCCUUCUAUGGCUGAACUGGGUGUUGAGGAUGAGGACGACUUUCUGAUCGACGAUGGUUUGGUAGCCAGUGGCUCAGAACAGGAUAAUUCGGAAGACGAGGAUGUGCAUCAUGUAGAGGAAGAGGGAGAGGACGAGUUCACCGCAGGGCUUCUUACCGCAGAAGAAGCCAAGAGACCGGAGUUCCUGACUGGUGCGAAUGGCCCCGUCCACGAACUCGAGCUUCCUUCCCAGAAUGGAGUAAGUGGAAACUUGGCCUUCAAGUUUGCUUGCCCCGAAUCUCACCAGCAACUCCUCGCGGUUACGAAAGGGAUUGACAUUUUGGACAUUCCAACCGUCAUACAACGGAUCAGAACCCUCUAUCACCCCAAGCUCAAUAGCGAGAACAAAUCAAAGUUGGGGAACUUGUCCGUAGCUCUCGUGGACCACAUCUCUUAUCUAGCAAAUCAAGAGGAACGGCCGCCCUUUUCUGUACUAGAAACCAUCAUCCGUCACAUCCACUCUCUAGCAAAGAUGUUCCCCGUGGAAAUUGCGAAUGCAUUCCGCCAUCACCUCGAAGACUGGAAUACCUCUCGAGCACUCUCCCCAGUACCUGGAGAUCUGGUCAUCUUAACCGCCAUUGGUUCGAUAUUUCCGACAUCAGAUCACUUCCAUCAAGUCGUUACUCCGGCUAUCUUGGGCAUGGGCAAAUAUUUGGGACUCAAGAUCCCUCAAAAUCUGGCAGAUUAUGUUACUGGAUCAUAUCUCUGUACGCUUUGUCUACAGUAUCAACAAUUGGCCAAACGGUUCGUUCCUGAAGUUAUGAACUUUGUCGAGAACACCCUAUGUGUUCUAGCCCCUGCGAAGAUGUCAAAGUUUCCUGGCAGCUUCCCCUAUCACGAGCCCAAAACCUCUUUUCGAAUCGAAAACGCCCCCACGUCUGUCCGAAAGAUCAAAUUUUACGAUUGUGUACCCGAAGACCACUCGGGGAGCGAGGGAGAAUCACUCAAAGCCGCCUUGGUAGAAGCCAAUCUGGGCUUGAUUGAUGCAGCGGCAAAGACCUGGGCUGGGAAAACCUCAUUCACAGAAGUCUUCACACCUGCUCUCAAAAUAACCCAACAUCUCGCCAGCAAAAAGUGCCGCUACAAGCUCUCUAGCAGUACUCAACAAAGCACUAACCAAAAGUUCCAGGCACGCCUCCAAACCCUCACGAUCAACCUCACAGACCACCUCUCCACUGCCCGCCUGACUCGCCGCCCCCUCGAACUGCACCACCACAAGCCCCUCGCUAUCAAAACCUCGAUCCCCAAAUUCGAGGAAAAUUUCAACCCAGAGCGGCACUACGACCCCGACCGCGAGCGUACCGAGCUGGCCAAGCUCAAGAAAGAGCACAAGCGCGAACGCAAGGGGACGAUUCGGGAACUUCGCAAGGACGCGAAGAUCCUGGCGAGUAGCAGUCUGCGCGAGAAGAAGGAGCGCGAUGCGGCGUAUGAGAAGAAGCAGAAGAGGUUGCUGGCGGAGAUUCAGGGGGAGGAGGGCCACGAGAAGAAGGAGUACGAGAGGGAGAAGGCGUGGAGGAAGAAGAGCAAAAAGUGA